AUGUCUUCUUCGAUCUUACACCAGUGUCCCUCCUGCGGCCAUAUUUCAGAUAUCUCUCAGUCCCUGGCUGCAUUUAUCGAGAACCCUCACUGUACCCAGUGCGGAAUGUCAGCGUCAGAAAGCAGCAGCAAGAUCCAAGAUGAGUUGGCAAUGCUAUUCGACCGCCAAAUGACCAUGAGCAUGACACCCACACACGACGAAGCAAUCCCGAUAUCCCAACCGAACCAGAACCAGAACCAAAACCUCACCUACAGCAUAACACAGCACUACAAUCACUCAGCGCACGUAGCCUCAUCAGCCCCAACAACCUCAACCCUACAAGCAACCAACCAAGCAGACUCACUGGCGCCGGUGCAAGAUAUCCACGCCGUCCUCCGGCACAACGGCCUAGACCCCGCUACCUUUUCCGUGGGCCAGCUCGAACUAUUCCGGAACGCGGACGCAGCGCAGCAACAGCGUUUAAUCCAGACUUGGCAGUUCUAUAGCACGCCGCACUCGUCUCCGUUGCAGGAUAUGGACAUGAAUGACGACGCAAUGGCGGAGUUUGUCGAGUAUCAUGGCGAGCAGGCGGAGCCGUAUAUGAGUUCUGGGUAUGGAGUGGAAGCGGUGGAAAAUGCUUCGCCGGUGGAACCUUCGACUGGAAAGCCGUAUGACUCUUCUACGGAUCCAGUGUAUAGGGGGGCGCAGGAGUGGUGGGAGAUGCCAAGGACUAGUAGUAUGGAGUCGCAGUAUGGGUUAUUCGAGGAGCGGAGUCGGCAUUACUCGAACUCGGACUCGACAUGGCAGCCGCAGGUGGGACGGUGCUUCCACUGA